AAAUCGAUAACAAUUGUUGGCGCAAUUUAAAAACAGCCCGUUGCUAAGGAGGAAAAACCAAAACAAAUCUGACAAUAAAUCAUCUUUAAAUUUUCUCACUGCCCGUGCAAUUGGUUUACUGAGCCACCUCUAGAAACACAAUAUAUAAUACAAUGGCUACUGCAUCGGUACCCAAUUGGCUGCAUGUGGACAUCGGGGAAGAAACGCCCCAGGUCCUGUCAACUUUGUCCAGUUGUAUGACGCUCAGCGACGUACAGUGCGAUGGUUACGUGCGGCUGCUGGCUGCUGACAUUUCGCUGGAAGACAUCGCGGAGCCCAGUGCUAAGCUCAAAAUAUUUCGUGGCGUGCAACUAAAGCAAGAGCAACCGUUGCCAGGCAUUCCCACGGCUAUUGAGAGCCUCUACAUAGACGAAUCGGAGCCCAAAACGCCGGUGAUAGCCGUAGCCAUUGCAGAGUCUGUUCUGUUCUAUCGCCAUUUGAAGCCUUACUUCAAGUAUACCAUUCCCGCCUCUGAUGCCGAUGAGCUGGAAUUGGAGGUGUGGCGCAAGCUGCCCGUCAUGAAACCAGAAGCACACGACGGACUGCUGCAGUUGCUCAAGGAUGUUGACCACGCCAAACUGUCGCGCAAAACGCAACGGCUACUGCAGCUUUCCGAAGAUGAGCGAGCCGCAUUUGUCAGCACCCACAAGGAUUCGCCCGUGGGCCGUACGGGCAAUAUUGUGGCCAUGUGUUGCCUGAAACGUGUCUCUAGCAAUGUGAAUCCGCCAUCGCACUUGGUUCUAGCCACAGACACUGGUCGCGUCCUUGUCCUGGAACCGCAGGGCUUCAAUUUGAUUUACCAGGCCAAAACUUGUAGCUAUGAGACAGCCGUGCCGAGUCUAAUUUCUGUGCACGGCACUUACGAGACGGACUUUUGUAUUGUGGUGGGCACGCGCAAUGGCGGCGUCUAUCUGUUGCGCAAGUCCAGCAGCGAGGGGCAGGAGAUCUUCAAGUUGUCCACCCCGUUGACAGGUCUGCAAUUGCUGCCAAUCGAUCAGACAAUCGUUAUAACCACCAUGGAGCAUCGCUACCUGUGUUGUUCGAAGCGCGGUAAGCUGCUCUACCAGAUGCAACUAGAUGCGGCGCCCGUUUGCAUUUUGCCCCUGAUGCUCACACACCUGGGCAUCACACUGGUGGCCGUCGCCCUACAAGGCGGCAAAGUGAUUUUCUUUCUUAAUCGCUAUCAGGUCGAUGAAUUUGUAGUACCGCAGACCGUGGCUGGCAUGAUAUAUGGUCGCAUGGGCAUGGAGGAUCAUGUGCUCACCCUGAUUACUCAAACGGGCGAAAUGAUAAUUAAGAUUUUACGACGUAUCACACGUUUUGAACCCGACCCCAAAGCGUUGGCAUUGGCCAAUAAGGACUCGGGAGUGCCGCACAAGAUUGUGGAUGCUUCCAUUCUGGACAAGUCCAAGAAGAGCUCCAUAUUCGUAGAGCAGGCGGCGCGCGAAAAACAACAGGCCAAAUCCAGCUAUGCUAGCUUUCAGGUGGAAUUGUGGCGACUGCGCCACACCGCGGCGCGUGCCACUAUAGAUGCCAUUAACUCCUCAGAGAGCACCAUUUCGGGUGAUCUGACACACGCGCCCGUCAAGCUCUCAGCAGAGGUCUGCGGCAGCGGACCUGCUUUUCGGCUCUACCUCACCGUGCAGAAUCUGUCCACGUUCAAGAUGGCCUCCAAUUUGUCUGUGCUGCUGCACGCAGAUCGUCGCCACUACACCAUACAGCAGUCCGUGGCCAGACUGCCAAGUGUGCUGCCCGGCAUUCCGCUGCGCGUAGACUUUGAAGUUGUCGCCGUGCUGGAUGCCAUGGACAAACUGCCACCGGCCAGCCUCACGCCGGACAAUUCUCAGCUACGCGUUAUGCUGCUGAAAACGGGUCAGGCCAAGCCGUUAAUUGCUGCCGUUGUGGCCAUGCCACAGUCGGAGGCGGCUUUCUAAAAGCUUUUUAACGUAGAGUUUAAAUUGGUUGUUUUGGGCGUAUUUGGGCGCAUACUUCUCGUAGACCUUGAUGUAUGCUUCCUUGGCCGCAUCCUUGGACAGGCCCUUGUGCGAGCUCCACGCCUCAUACAUGGCCUUCUUUUUCAGAUCCAGCACUCCGGGCUUUUCGAUGUUAACAUCUCCAAUGGUGGCCUGCUUGAAGAGGCCGUAGAACUCGAGGAACUCAGAGUCCGUGGGCUUCUUAGCGAAGUUCUUGGCGAGUUCGGCGGCUUGCUCAAAGUUGACCAUGUUGCGCGUCAAGUGGGGUAUGCAGAAUGUUGGCCAUUUUAUCCAACUAGCAUUUAUAUAUAGUUAUCCAUUCGUAGGUCUUAUGCAAUUUAAUUAAUUUAAAUUUGGUCCCAGCUGUAUGCCUAAUUUAUAUAUAGUUGGGUUAUCACUGAGCGCUGUUUUAGAGGUCUAAAUUUAUUAAUUAAUAUUCUGGAAAGCUACCACAAUAGAUAAGACCUGUUACUGUUUGUCCGAUCCAAGAUAGUUGUUGGGCGUGAAUCAUUGAAACUUUUUUGAUCGAAAGGUGUUCUGUCUCGGUGACGUGGCUGUGAACUGUGGCCCCGCCACCCCCACCACCAGCACCACUCAUUAAUUAAGUCGUCCAGUUUAUCUUUAGUAACUGACAGGAUUGACUUGUUUCGUACAUAUUUUUUUUUUUUCGAUAAAGUAUAUUCAUCGAACACUCAUAAAAUAUUCAUGCUAAUCUUAUCGCUCGAGUGCAUAAGUUGACUAUAUUCAUAUCUCUACAAUGGCAUAUACUUAGCUCUAUGAUUGCGAAUAUAUGUAUUACUAAUA